GAUGGGCGAAGUGGGCUGUAGCUUAUCGAUACGCGACCUUCAAAAAAAAGUCUACAAUGACAACCACCGCCAUGCGCUGCACCACCAACCUUGAUUAAAUACACCCACAAACAAAAUGGUCUCCGUAGGGAAGAAGAGAAAAGCAGAGAGCUCGUCUGUCUCCGAGUCAGAUGUAAACGAUAUAUUCCGGCGCUACUUCGAGUCGAGGUUCGAGCCGCUCGCCGACGCCGACAGCAAGGUUACGACAGGCGACGAAUCGCAAGACGACGAGGCCGAGGACGACGCAAGCUCUGCCCAAGACUCAAAUGAAUUACUUGAUGAAGGUGAAUCAGAUUGGGGAGGUAUUUCAGACGCAGGAGAGGAGGACGAAGACAGCGACGCAGAGGAGGAAUCGGCACCAGUUAUUGAAGUAGUAGACCACUCUUCCUCAGCGACUCCGAAAUUCGCAACAAUGAGCAAAAAGGAACUUAAAGCAUUCAUGUCCUCUCGCCCGCCUGACUCAACAGCAGCCCCUCAAGAAGAGACAGCCAAAACGAAAAAGUCAUCCUCCAAAUCUCUCCCCGAAGAUGCACCCAGCCUAUUAGCACAAGACCUCGAACUCCGCCGCCUCCUUGCCGAAUCCCAUCUCCUCAACCCUAGCCUUCGCGGCGGCGGCUCGCCCUUUGCUGGCGGCCCUGUAGCACCCAAGACCUUUGCCGAAGGCCGCACCCGUCAAAAAGCAGUUGAUUUGCGUGUACAAGCUCUCGGAUCAAGAGAGUCUAUUCUCAAACAGGAAAAGAUGCCUAUGAGCAUGCGCAAGGGAAUGACAGCAGCCGCCGAUGCCCGCGAAGCUAAGCGACGCAAGGAAGCCAAGGAGAAUGGUAUUAUUCUUGAGCGGGAUACAUCUAGUAAAAAGAAGCGUCAGCGAACCAGUGGUAGGGGACUUGACGGCCCAGGCAUGGGCAAGUUCAAGGGUGCAGAACUCAAGCUCAACAAGAGUGAUGUUAUUAAGCUGCAGAAUAGCAGGGACGUGUUUGGACGACGAUCAAGAGGAUGAUGCUGCAGGUAGGCAGGCAGUAUGUGUAUAUAUUCCAAGUCAAGGUUAAAGAUAGCAUCACAUGAAUUUUAUGAACUCUCAUAUUUGGAUAGAAGAUAAUUAUUUGCUAUAUCAGAGAAAUAGUAAUGCUUUUCUGCUGCCACAAGCUGAACAAGUUGGCGCGAAGAACAGGAGGGGAAAUAAACUCUAUAUGUACAAGGAGAUCACAUCUCUUUUAACAGUCAAUUGUUAGACUUCAUGCUCGCCCCCAAGAGGGUAUUCGCCAACCUGUAGAAGGAUGGCUUGGUGAUGGCGGGCUAGAUGGUAAAUUGAGAUUUGAAUCCACUUGCCAAAAAGCGGCUGCGCUUCCAAAGAACUGUAAACCAAAAGGACAUAGUAUAGUAAACAAGAAAGGUACUGUGCAUUGAAUGAAAGACACGUUUCAAGCAGACGUAACAGGGAAAAAGGGACCAGAGAAAAGCAAACGCUAAACACUACCAACGCCAAGCUGCCGAAAACAUAAAAAAAGAAUAAGUCAGAAAUCAUCACUACAUCAUGCCACCGGCAUUAAUAGCUGUUGAUUGGCUCAUUGUCAUCGGCAUGCUUAGCGACUGGAGUGUGUUGAAAGAGGCCGUUGAGACGUUGGAUGUGGCAUUUAUCAUGUGAGAGUUGUCAGCCAUUGAGGUAGGGGCAUAGGCAGCCUCCGACGUUGGUGAUGCUUCCUCGAGGGAACCAAGGUUGUCCUCGCCAGAAAACUCCUCCUCUUCUUCAGCAGAGAGGUUAAAGGAUCCAUCACCACCGUCUUCGCGGCUGUGGGUUCGCUUGUGUUGAGCCAAGUUGUCAGAGCGAGAGAAGGCCUUGCCGCACUGGCUGCAGGCAUAGGGCUUCUCUUGCGUGUGAGUACGGACGUGUCUCUUGAGGUGCUCUAAUCUCUUGAAGAGGCGGCCACAGGAAGGGAUAGGGCACGAAUGAGACUUGUGAGAGUAGGGGCCAAGCUCCAUGACGGUGGCAGAACGGGCACGGCGGAUGACGCCGGUAGGUCCAGAAAUAGCCCGGCGGUGGCCAAGGAGAGCAUCUUGCAUGAAGUCAUCAGUCGAGUUGCCAAACCCCUGGAGGCCCAUUCCGUUGAGUGCACCGUCCAUGGUAGGCUUCUGAACCAUGCCCAUGCUAGAUGUGCUGAAGGACAAGUCAGGAGGCGAGUUGUCGCCGGAUUCGUCACCUUCAGCAACAGGGCCGACAGAAGCGGAAACUGAACGGCGAAGAUCAGAUGGUCUGUGAGGAGUUGUGUUGGGAGGAGGGGCAAUGGCAGAGAGACCAGGGGGGAUCGAGGAGCGUCUGCGUCGCUGCUUGUACGUGGGCGAGCCUUCAAUGACCGAGUAGACGUUGUUGGCGCCAUAGGUGCGAGAGAAGCCGGCCGUAGCAGAAGCAGGCAACUGAACCAUGUUGCCCAUAGCAUUCAUGCCAGACAGGUUAUCCGACAUGUUGGAGUAGAGUCCAUUAUCCUCAUUGGUGAUGUAGGUAUCAUUGGGCAUGCCGAGAGCCUGUUGAGGAGGGGUAAUGGGCUCAAAAGACAGGCCGCGGUUGCCGUAGUCAUCAUACUGAGAAGACACAAACGAAGGAGCAGGAGAGUACUCGAGGCCAUAGGCGGGCAUAGAAGAAUGGCGCUGGUGAGCAGCAGUAACGGGGAUGCCAUUCUGGUUGUAGCUGAUACGAGAGAAGUCAUGAUCACGCUUGACGGCAGUAACCUGGGCGGGAGCAGCAGGUGCCAUCGUCAUGGCAUCGUAGACGAGGUUGUCUACUGGCUCAGCAAGGGGAGCCGACAUGGACUGAGGCAUCAUUGUUGGGGGUGGCAUCGAGUCAACUGAUCUGACAACUGGGGAGGUGGACUGGCUUUGGUUGUAGGCCGACGCAGACUGCUGGGCGCUGAAAGAGGAGGAGUUGGCUUGCUGGGACUUUGUGAGCUGCUCGAACAAGGAUUGCGAGGAAUCGUAUUGGAAAGACAAGGCGGGUUCGCUGACGGCAAUGGUAGUAGCCUCCUGACCCAUCUUCUCUCUCUUAAGAUCACGCUCCAGAGCGUCAAGGAAUAGGCGGUCAUGGGGGACACUGUACCAGUAGAAAACCUUUUGCUUCUUCUGGGUUCGGAUGCAGUUGUUCUUGUACAAGAAGUCAAGGAAUCCGCUCUUGGGCUCUUCCAAGGAAGCGUCAGUUCCAGACUUGAGGUUGCGGAGAUCGGAGAAGAUGCCUUCUUCGAACUUCUUGGAGUUCUUAACCGGACGGCCAAAGGCUUGGAAGCGGAAAGAGAGGCAGCGAACAAUGUCGGUACCAGAAAUGUGAAAGAGGUUGUUCCAGAGAACACAAGAGACGUAUUCUCCAGUGGGGAGAAGGAAUCGUCGAAUGUACUGGUCAGCCUGCCAGUCAACGGGGGCUGAAAUAAGGAAGUACUUGAGGUUGUCGACCUGUUGAAGAGCAACCUGGGCGUCGUGUGGAAGUGCCUGCUGAGCCUCCGUGCUCAGCAUGAAGGUCUCGGGCUUCUGUGGCGCCGCCAUGGCAGCUUGUUGAGGAUACAUGGUGCUAGGACAAAGUGGGUUGACUUUCCGUCGUAGCCCUGUGUAGUUUGAUGACGCUGGUGAAAGGUGCCGAUAGGUAGCGAUACACCGACGAUGUCUUGGUGUAGAGGCUUAGGCGCCGGGGCUGUCUAUCGGUCGCGUCGGGCGCGUAAGAGCGUAAAAAUGUAAGGAUCAAAAAAAAAGAUGAAAGCGUAUUCGAGACCAGCCCGGUAAGUACUGAAAUAUCGCACGGCGAUGGUCCAGGAACGGCGUCAAGCUGAUACUGGAAAUUCAAAGCCAAGAGCAAAGGAAGAUGGACCGGCAGAGAGAAUUGUCGGUAGGAUGCAGAGUCGCGAAUGUAGGCGUGCUGCAAGGCGCUGGAUCUAAUCAAUAGAAGAGAAGAAUAAAACGGUUGACCGGCUCAGCAAUCGGGAUGUCUCGCGUCGUGUAGCAGUUCGUCUGGUAGGCGAAAUGAGGAAGCAACGGUAAAGAGGUGGUAUUGUUCUGCAAAGUAGAGCGGUAAGAAAAGGGACGACCUGGCCCGUCAAGAAGAAGAAGAAGAAAGGAAAAUGACAAGGAAAAUGAAACAAAGGAGAAAAGUUUCCAAGAGCGAAACAAAUCGAAGCUCUGGAGGAGAAACGCGAUGAUGAGUUUGAGAGGUGUGGGGGAAGCGAAGGGUAAUAAAAGGUUUCGGGGGGAGUGAGGAGGAAGGGUUGGAAUGGGAGAGGAUCGGGGGGAGGGGAGGAGAUUAGUAUGGGACACUGCGCAAGAGGUGUUUGGGAAAAAGAGCCAGAGCGAAGCGGGCUAGGGGACCGGGG